AUGGAUCAAGAGAAUAACUGCAUACCGUUUAUAAAAGUAUAGUGGUUUUAUAGGAAAACUGAAUUGAUAGGGUUAUAAAAGGAUCAUUUAGAUUGUAUAUCUGAAAAUGAGGUUUUUAAGACUAAUGAAUUCGAUUAUAUAGAAAUUGAAAGCAUUAUUGGAUUAGCUAUCAUUUUAAGUUAUGAAGAAUAUGAUCAUAUAGAAGAGCUAAAUGAUAAUAUAUUUUUUAUGAGAGCUUCAUAUAUUAAUGAAAAGUUAUUGCCACCUUUUGAAUAAUGGAAAAAGAUUUGUGUCUGUAAAAGACCUGCAAAUCCAGAUUUAAAGUACUUAUAUUAUAUUAUACUAUAUUAGGUAUGUAUUUUGUGAGAUAUGUAAGUAAUGGAUUCAUCUGAAAUGUAUUGGACUUAGUUAGGAUUAAGCAAAGAGAUUAUAAAAAUAUAUAUGUCCAGAAUGUAAAAAAAACUGA